AUGCCCUACUCAACCGACCCCUACUCCACCAGCACCACCAACACCACCCAAAACAAUGCAGCCGAAGCACAAAAGUCCCGCACUAACUCUGACAUAAUCAACCUCUUCAAAGCCCCUCCUACCCCAACCACCAAACCCUCCAUCAAAGGCAUAGGACUCUACACACACAUCGCCGCUCCUAUCAACCCAUCAGCAACCCCACAUCCCGUCUUCUUACCCAUUACCCAAACCUCUGCUGGAAAAGACCCUUCAAACCCGACAUUACCAGAAGAAGUACGCAACCUAUGCUCUGACCUGCGCGACUUAAUCCACGAUGAAGAAGCCGCCGUAGCGAAACGCGAGCUUAAUUUUGAGGAACUUACGAAACGGUACGCUGGACUGCCUGUCCCGAGUGACGAGAUGGCGCUGGUGGCGCGUGAGCAGGGGGAUGUGGUUAUGAAAGAGGAUGAAGUGGGUCAACGGGGCACAGAGAGGGAGGCGGGAAUGCAGAGUGCAAGUCGCCGUCUGUCGGCUGAUGUGGCGGGGUCGGGGGGUAGAGAAGAUGUGGUGAUGCGGGGGCAGGAGGAGGAAACGGUCAGUAGACUACCUCCUGGUACGCAUAUUUAUCGGGAGGAUCCGAGGAGAAGGAGGUGA